UUUUGACUUCACUUUGUCUCUCCGAUCUGAGCACCACACACCGAUCGCCAUGAAGUGCUUGAACAACCGGGCUGAGAGCCACCUCACCGGGCAGGUGGAGUGCGAGCUGGGCAGCAUGGGCACCGGGGCUUGGGUGAACCACGGCUACUGUGCUUCCCCUCCACCUUUACCCCGGGCUGUCAGCACCAUCUAUAGCCCCCAGCCCGUCUUUCACAACUCCAUGGACACUAUGUACAAAAAAGAUGCACCAGGCCGGUUCCAAGAGGAACCCUCGUCCUCUGACCAAAAGGUGAUGAAGAAAAGAGGAGGAUGCUGCUCUUUUAUUAAAGGGUUCUGGGGCACAGCAAUGACUGAAAACACCUCUGACAACAGGGAAAAGUUUAUCCGAACCACUCUAAGGGAGUUACUGGUCUAUAUAAUGUUCCUGGUGGACAUUUGUCUCUUGACAUACGGUAUGACCAGCUCAAGCACCUACUAUUUCACCAAAGCUAUGACGGACCUCUUUGUGAACACAGCCAGUGAGGGUGGGGUUAAGUUCCAGUCCAUUGGCACCAUGGCUGACUUCUGGACGUACACACAGGGUCCAUUACUGGAUGGCCUCUACUGGACAAAAUGGUACAAUAACCAGUCACUGAAUAACGGAGACCAAUCUUUCAUCUACUAUGAGAACCUGCUGCUGGGGGUUCCCAGGAUGAGGCAGAUCAAGAUCAAGAACAACUCCUGUAAGGUCCACGAGGACUUCAGAGACGAGAUCAUGGGAUGCUUCGACGUGUACAACGAGAUCAAAGAGGAUGACCACAACUUCGGCCUCAUCAAUGGCACCGCCUGGACCUACCACACCGAAAAAGACAUCAAAGGUUCCUCUUACUGGGGUUUGCUGACCACCUACAGUGGAGCAGGGUACUACCAAGACCUGGGUCGCACCAAAGAGGAGAGCGCCGACAUGCUGAUGGAACUGGUGGACAACCUUUGGCUGGACCGCGGCACCAGAGCGGUCUUUGUCGACUUCUCCACUUACAACGCAAACAUCAACAUGUUCUGCGUUGUCAGGUUGGUGGUGGAGUUUCCUGCGACUGGGGGGGCAAUCCCUUCCUACCAGAUCAGAACAGUCAGGCUGAUUCGAUACAUCACCUACUGGGAUUACUUCAUCCUCGGCUGUGAGUUGCUGUUCUGUGUGUUCAUCCUCUACUACAUCGUGGAGGAGAUACUCGAGCUGCGGAUACACAAAUUCUCCUAUUUCAACAGCAUCUGGAACAUACUGGAUAUUGUGGUCAUACUGCUCGCCAUCGUUGCAAUCAUCUUUAACAUUUUCCGAACAAUCAAAGUAGACAGCUUGCUUGGCAAGCUGUUAGAACAGCCUGAUAUCUACGCUGACUUUGAAUUUCUGGCGUUCUGGCAAACACAGUAUAACAACAUGAACGCAGUCAACUUGUUCUUUGCAUGGAUCAAGAUUUUCAAGUACAUCAGUUUCAAUAAGACCAUGACGCAGCUGUCCACCACUCUGGGUCGCUGUGCUAAAGACAUCUUUGGAUUUGCCAUCAUGUUCUUUAUUGUCUUCUUUGCCUAUGCUCAACUUGGCUAUCUACUCUUUGGAACAGAGGUUGAAUCUUUCAGCACCUUCGUGAAGUGCAUCUUCACUCAGUUCAGAAUCAUCCUCGGAGACUUUGACUAUGACGCUAUCGACCGCGCCAACAGAGUUCUUGGGCCAAUCUACUUUGUUACCUAUGUGUUCUUUGUAUUCUUUGUUCUCCUGAACAUGUUUCUGGCCAUCAUAAAUGAUACAUAUUCAGAGGUUAAAGAGGAACUGUCAUCCCAAAAAGAUGACCUACAAAUCACUGACAUCAUCAAACAGAGCUACAUGAAGACGAUCAUGAGGUUGAAGCUAAAAAAAGAGAAGAUAUCAGAUGUACAGAAGGCUCUGCAAUCUGGAUCUGGGGAAAUUGAAUUCAAGGACUUCAGAGAAACGCUGAAGGAGAUGGGUCAUAGUGAUCAUGAAAUAUCUGCAGCCUUCUCACAGUUUGACCACGAUGGGAAUCAAAUUCUAGAUGCAGAGGAACAACAGAGAAUGAAAAAAGAGCUGGCGGAAAAGAGGGAUGCUCUCAAUGCUGAACUCAACAAUCUUGGACAGAAUUAUGGGAAGGAUUUACCGGAAAAACCUUCUGUAACAUUUAACGAGCAAAAGGGCGACUCUGGUAAAACUUUUGUGAAUCAGGAAGAGUUUCUCAGACUGGCCUCACAGGUGCUCAACAUUGAAAGUUCCAUGGCAAGCAUCACAUCCAGGAUUGAGCUGAUCAUGGACAAACUGGGACAACAUGAAAAAGCUAAAGCUAUGAAAACAGCCCCAAUGAUGCUUGUCGCCAAUAACAAAAGUGGCAACUCAGCCUCUGAUAGCCAAGUCAUGGUUCAUGUGGACAGAGCAACCAAAGCUGAGAUGUCCUCCAGGAAACCAGCAGCUCGGACCAGCUCCUCCUUCAACUCUAACAUGUGAUCCGCCUCCGAGUCUCAUCUUUAACCCCACUGACACAACCCCCCCCUGAAGCCUCACAAACCUCCUUUAGCCCAUGUCAGUUCAGUGAGAAGUGUAUCCCUGAGCUUGAAAAGAUAGUGACAUUCAAAGAGCCACUGUUCCCGUGGAAACGUGUAAAUGCUGUCUAAAUGUCUCUAAAGGUCUUUGCUUACUAGGCGCCUGAUCUUAACAACUGGCUCAAACGUACGCACAGAUAGAUGUAUAAGCGGCUACCCUUGUGAGAUGCUAAUGUAAAUCUAUGUACUAUUAGUUUUGCAAAAUAAAUCUAUAUUCAACAAUAUGUUUAGCAAUAUAGAAAAGAUGUUAUCAAAGGUAUAAAAUAUAAUUUAUGUACUUCUGCCAAAUGCCAAGUUGUAAGUAAGCUAAGUUGCUUUGCUUCAGUCCCACAAUGGUGAGAAGUCUUCAUUUUCUCUCGUCUGUCUCUUAGAUUUCAUCGUUUCGUGAUUGAGAUACUAUUGACCAAUCCAUUGAUGCUCAGAUCCGAUGCUGGAAAUAAAAUAGAUACAUUUAAAAAAUGUACUUGUAAAUAAAUG